CGGGAAGGCGCUGCGCGUUUGACAGCAGCAGGAGAAAGAGAAGAGAAGAGAAGCUGCGGCGCGCGCCGACAAACAACACACUAAACGUACACCAGUCCCAUGAAACCGGACAGGUCGAGGAUUCAUCACUGGAAUCGUCCCUACGGAUUCUUUUGGUUUGCUCCAGGAAAUGCAUUAACCCCCUUUGUACGGUGACAAAGGGGUGUGUUAAUCUCACCGAGUUAGGAGGCAGGCACAUGGGGGUGGAUGCCAGGGAGAGUCGAGCGGCCGCGUAUGUGUGUAUGUGAGGCAGAUGCCUGUCAGAGCGUUCACCGGCCACACACAUGCUGCACGAGCCACAGAGAAUGGUUAGCGAGAUACACACUUGAUACACACCGUGACCAGGAAAGGACUGCUGUUGACUCACUGCAGUAUUAAGCAUCCACACUAUUCUGAGCUGCUGACAUCUGGUUGGAACCAGAGGAUCCACUCUUUCAUACAGUCGAAACAGUCUUGCUGGCUAACCGUGGAUGCCCCUGUAUGUUUGAAUGGUCACAUUGAGUGCGAAUCACAAGGCCCAGUUGCUUUGACCUGGAGGGGAAGGAUUUUCAUGUAACGCACCCUGCCAUGGACAGGAAGAGGAGUUGCACACUCUGUGGAGGAGCUGUGGUGCUGCUGCUGCUGCUGCUGGGUCACAUGACCACUGCAUUAGAAGUGCCUCUAGACCCUAAAGUUCUGGAGGGAUUGCCUCAGCCUCCCACAAUAACUCAUCAGUCCCCCAAGGAUUACAUCAUCGACCCUCGGGAGAACAUCAUUAUCCACUGUGAGGCGAAAGGAAAGCCUCAUCCCAGCUUUUCAUGGACACGUAAUGGGACUCAUUUCGAUGUGGAAAAGGAUUCCAAAGUUAUCAUGAAGCCCAACUCAGGUACUCUGGUCAUUGACAUCAGCGGAGAGAAGGCAGAGGCGUAUGAGGGAGUUUACCAGUGUAUCGCCCGCAAUGAGCACGGCUCUGCCAUGUCCAAUAACAUUGUCAUCCGUCAGUCAAGGUCCCCCUUGUGGUCAAAGGAGAAAAUUGAACCAAUCACAGUGCAGAGGGGAAUGUCUCUAGUGCUGCAGUGCAGACCCCCGGCUGGCCUGCCUCCUCCAAUCAUCUUCUGGAUGGAUAACAAUUUCCAGAGACUUCCCCAAAACAGUCGUGUAUCCCAGGCUGUAAACGGAGACCUGUAUUUCUCCAAUGUGCUUAUGGAAGACACCAGAAACGACUACAUCUGCUACGCCCGCUUCCCACACACUCAGACUAUCCAACAGAAACAGCCCAUCACUGUCAACGUGCUGGACAUUGAAGCUAUGAAUGAGACUGUGUUGGCAGCUUUUUUGAAUGGCUCAGAUUUUUGGGGUGACAGUCCAUCUGGGGAGAGAGCGCCCACUUUCAUGAACCCACCAGGAAUGCACAGUACUACCAUGGUCCUGAAAGGAGACACGCUGCAGCUGGAAUGCAUCGCUGAUGGCCUUCCAACGCCAGAUAUCUCCUGGAGCAAGGUGAACGGGGACCUGCCAAGCGGCCGUUUUUCAUUUCACAGUUUCCAGAAAACUCUGAAGAUAACGGAGGUGACAGAAGCGGAUGGGGGAGAUUACCGUUGUUUAGCCAAGAAUCGCCUGGGGAGCAACCAUCACAUCAUCACUGUAGUGGUCAGAGCGGCUCCCUUUUGGAUCAGUGCCCCUCAGAACCUCAUCCUGGCCCCGAAAGAAUCUGGAAUGCUCAUUUGCCGGGCAGAAGGCAACCCUAAACCCACGGUCACAUGGUCUGUCAACGGAAUUCCCAUUGAAAACUCACAUAAGGACCCCAGUCGGAAAAUCGAAAAUAGCAAUAUCAUCCUCAGUGAUGUUCAGACUGGCUCAAGCUCUGUUUAUCAAUGCAACGCCUCCAAUGAGUACGGUUACCUGCUGGCCAAUGCCUUUGUUAGUGUCUUGGCUGAACCUCCAAGGGUGCUGACUCCUCCAAAUCAUGUGUACUCAGUCAUCACUAACAGUAGGGCUCUGUUAGACUGUGCUACAUUUGGCUCGCCACUUCCAAAAAUCACAUGGUUUAAAGACAGUCAGAGCAUAGUGGAUAGCGACUCGUACAUCAUUCAUAAAAACAAUACCUUAGAGAUCAAUGUUGCUCGGCCACUAAAUAGUGGCAAAUACACCUGCAUUGCCUCAAACAGUCUUGGAAACAAAGAAAAUCAUGUUUACCUGGAAGUGAAAGAGGCUACACGGAUCAUCAGACAGCCUGGGUAUAAAGUGGUCCAGAGAAACAGCAUGACUGUGUUUGAGUGUAAAGUCAAACACGACCCCUCUCUAUUUCCUUCCAUGAUAUGGCUCAAAGACAAUAUGGAGCUUCCCGACGACACUCGAUUUAAGGUGGGCUCUGACAGUCUGACUAUAUAUGACGUGAGAGAGGAAGAUGAGGGCAACUACACCUGCAUCAGAAACACCACCCUUGACCAAGAUUCAGCCAGCGCCAUGCUCACAGUAGUCGAGGCCACACCAACACCACCUAUAAUAAUGGAGCAACCAGACCCGCCCACAGACCUGGAGCUGACAGACCAAAGAGAGCGCAGUGUUCGGCUUACAUGGACCCCUGGUGAUGAAAACAAUAGUCCUAUUCAGUCGUUCCUGAUCCAAUAUGAAGAUUCACUCCACGAGCCUGGAGUAUGGGUCAAUAUGACUGAAGUGUCAGGCACCAGCACCACAGCACACCUGGAGCUUUCCCCGUAUGUGUAUUACACCUUCAGGGUCCUGGCACUCAAUGACGUGGGUCUGAGUGAACCCAGCGCUUCAUCCAGACAGUACAGAACCAACCCUGCACGGCCUGACGUGAAUCCAUCAGAUGUUGAAGUCAUAGGAACAUCACCUGACAGUAUGACAAUAAAUUGGAGGGAGCUGACUGGGCUGGAGUCGAACGGUCCAGGCCUACAGUACAAGGUGAGCUGGAGACAGAAAGAUCUGGAUCAGCAAUGGGCUUCACUCACUCUGGCCAAUGUCUCGCAAUAUGUGGUGAAAGGAACGCCCACUUUUGCAUCCUAUGAAGUCACCGUGCAGGCGGUCAAUGAGUACGGUCCUGGUCCCAGACCAGAAGUGAUGAUGGGAUACUCAGGAGAAGACUUACCAACUGUGGCCCCAGAGAAAGUAGAAGUUACAGUUCAGAAUGGGACAGUGGCUGAAGUGCACUGGGACGCUGUUCCGUUUUCAACAGUACGAGGGCGAUUGAAUGGAUAUAAGGUGAGUUACUGGAAGAUGAGAAGCCUGCACAAGCAAGACCCUGAGCCUGUGAAACCACAGGAGCUCAUCUUUCACGGGAGUGAGCCGGAGGGUCUUCUGAUCGACCUUCAUCCUUACAGCCAGUACACCCUCAAUAUUAGAGCCUUCAACGGGAAAGGAGACGGACCCACCAGUUCCAAUCACAUAUUUGAAACACCAGAGGGAGUUCCUGGGCCUCCUGCAGAUUUCAAAAUCCAAAAUCUGAACCUGGACUCAUUGAUUGUGAAGUGGGUGCCACCUGUAGAAUAUAAUGGUCACUUGACAGGAUACUUGCUCAAAUACCAGCCUAUCAAUACAACAGAUGAACUUGGGCCGCUCAAAGAGCUGCUUCUACCAGCAAACGAGACCAGCAUCACUCUGGAAAACCUCAAGCACAGCACUCACUACAAGUUCUAUUUGAAUGCCAUGACUAUCAAGGGCAAUGGCCCCACUGUCACAAAAGAGGGCUUCACAAUGGUGGAUGAAGCAUUAAUUCGGCAUCCCGCAGUAGAGGCGGGUAAAGGCUCAGCCCCCCCUUCACCACCACCAACCCCCCCUGUCACUCAAUCUUUGCAGCCCCCGUUUCACAAGGCGCCGCCUGCUGGUCGGAUGUUUGGGAGCGUGAACUCCUCGGUGGAGGAGGACCAUGCUGUGAUAAGCUGGGAAUACUCGGGGCCGGAUAAGAAUGUUUAUGUGGAAUAUGUUGUUGAUAACAGUAAAGAACCCUGGAAAACAGAGUUUGUAAAUGGCACUCGGACAUAUCAGAUUAAAGGACUAAAGCCGGGAAUGUCCUAUAGGGUUCGGGUGGUAGCCAAAGACCACUCGGACGCUACGGUCCACAGUACAGAGGAGCUGUUGAUUACAGUUCCAGCCAUGACUAGCAAGCAGGUUGACAUAGCCACGCAGGGCUGGUUUAUCGGGCUGAUGUGUGCCAUUGCUUUGCUGAUCCUGGUGCUCCUCAUUGUUUGCUUUAUAAAGAGGAACAAAGGAGGCAAAUAUCCAGUAAAAGAAAAAGAAGAUGCCCAUCAAGACCCAGAAAUCCAGCCCAUGAAAGAAGAUGAUGGGACAUUUGGGGAGUACAGUGACACGGAGGAUCACAAGCCCUUGAAAGGCAGCCGGACCCCAUCCAAUGGGACGGUCAAGAAGGACGACAGUGACGACAGCCUGGUGGAUUACGGCGAGGGAGGAGACGGCCAGUUCAACGAGGACGGCUCAUUCAUCGGCCAGUACAGCGGGAAGAAGGAAAAAGACACGGCGGAGGGCAACGAGAGUUCGGAGGCUCCUUCUCCGGUCAACGCUAUGAACUCCUUUGUGUAACUGCCUGGAAGCGCCUCGUGACCUUUGACCCAUCCAACACCCCACCUCCUUGUCACACCAUCAUAUGGAGAACAGUCUCUAUUGCACUGUGACCCCCUAACAUCACAGCAAAAGAAAUAAAACAAACGCCCCUAAUGAAAGACAGUGAGAAUGCGAGAAGAGGGCCAGUCCAAGCUUCACCGCGAUUGGUCGGAAUGAAAGUCACGUGACAUUGAGACAUAUUAAGUGUAUUAUCUCACAGCGAGCAUACAUAUAUAUUGAUAUAUGUGCAUAGGAAUAUAUAAAUUGACAUAUAUUUUAUUAACAUGGCCCCGUUUGCGUCAGAUGGGAUUGUAUCACACCAUCUCGUUCCUUGGACUCGCAUGGAAUCAGUAAUUGACGUCACACCCUCAGCAUUAAGGUGCGGUCACAUUUAUAGUUAUUCGGCAAAUUUUCACAAGCAAAAUCCAGUCGUUUCGGUAGGAAUCGGUGCGAUUUUGCAUUAGUAAACAGGUUCAAGUUUUCACGGAUUCAAAGUGACUUCUGUGUGAACAGUGCCUCAUUCACCGCUCCACUAUUGACAAUAUACAACGGAUAUUGAUUUUUGUUUUUUGUGCACAAAAUUUCGCUAAUGUGACCGCACCUUUAGCCAGCGUUGUGGAGACCGUGAACCUCGUCUGACUAUAUGAUACUCACUUUUGCUUCACAGCUAAUGCCUGUUGCGUUCUGUCGUCAGUGUUCAAAUCGGUAUUAUGCACAUUUCAGGCAUCAAUGUCUUUGUGGGCAUUGUUGUGAAGUAUGUAAUACAUGUAAAAGCUGUUCUUAGGCAUCAGAAGUUUUGAAUAUACAAAAAAAAUCCACAGAAUUUAAAAACUGGUUAUCAGGGAUGUGAGGUAGCAUGUUUUUGACACACAAGCACUCUACACAGACGUGGUUUUAUCCUUUUCUCGGUUCUCUUGUUGUUCAUUUUGCGCCCUGUGUUUGUUCUAUUUAUUUUACGACUAAAUUUUUCAAUCUUUUAUCCCUGAAGAAAAGUCAUUGGUAGACUAGUCAAGGUUCACUUCAUCCAGGACUGUUAUUGUGAAGGAAAGCCCCCCAGUCAGCCAUGUAGCCACCAGUGACCCCACUUUGGGUGCCAGAAUUCACUCUGCUCUUGGUUUGGUUUUACAGUAUGGGAUGCAUCGAAGGCCCCUCAGCACGGUUCCUUAGUGCCUUGGUAGAAAACAUUAUUCUAUACUCAAAAAGAAGAUUCCCUCUCAUCGCUUUGAGCGCAGCCAUUUUUUAUAUCAGUACUGCAAACGACACCGAAGUCCUGGGCUGAGCGAAGACCGCAAGACUCAAGGAAAUGAUGUCACAUACACAGCCGCCACAGAAGUCACCUCAAAUUGGGGUGAGGGGCAUCUCAUUCCCCUUAUCGACAGCUAGAAAUACUGCCACUUCUCUGUAAAGAGUGAACUGCUGUUGAUUGGUCUGAUUUGACACAUUUAUGGCAACUCAUAACGGCAAUGGAAAUGACCAACUGUGGUAUUUGCAGUGGCUUGUCCUUGGGAAGAUCUCAACAUAUGCGAUACCAGUAGGCAGAAAUAUACACAUUCUCACAUGUAACCGUUUUUUAAAUCAUGUUACUGCAUGUUUUGAAGUAUUACGAGCUGUCGAGUGUAGUGAAAUCAGGGCUUCACUAAACACACGGUCGACAGUGGUGCUGUCGUCAAAUACGGCUUGAGUGUGUGCGGUUUAUGCAGGCAUGCAUGAAUAUAUGUGUGCGUUUGGAAUGGAUGUGUGCGAAUGUGUGUUUAUGUCUGUCCACUGUAUAUAUGGGGCGAGCCUUUUUUUUUGGCAAGGCCCUAGAUUUUCAUGAUUUAGCUUGUCAUAACUUGCAUCAAGUUUUUUAGUUUGGAAUUGUCUGCUUUUUAAUGUAUAGAUCUGACAUUUGCUUUGUAAAUAUCCAGCCAAAAUUUUGCUUUAGACACAUUAAAGGAUGCCCCUUAAUGAAAAAGCUGCUGAGAUAUCCUAUCACAACUGAGCCCUUGAGCAUGACAGCAUAUCCCAGAGUGCUCUAAGGGAACUGUCCCAGCAAUUUGUGUACUAUAAGUCACUUCGGAUGAAAAAACCCACUUGAAAAGUGAUGACAACCCUAUUUCCUGAAUCUGAAGAACAGAUCAACUGAUGACUGAGUAUGCGUUAGGCAGCGCUGCAGAAAACCGCACAGUGUUCCACCUGAAUUCACACACACAUCAGCUCUAACUCUUUUAAUGGCACUGUUGUUUUCUUUUCUAUUUGGCCAGGUAGUUUAUGACUUUUUUUCUGUAGGAAAAAUGAGAAAAUGGACGCAUCCCCAAAGAAGGAGGCCGGAUUGCACUGCUGUGGGUGCAGAACCUUUUGAUGUGUUUUUGUCGGAGGGGGCAAAGACGAAUGAAACGUAGUGUGUGAAAUAAUAUUCUGGUAAAUGUUAAAGCUACAUGAAAAUAAAGCAUGAAAGGCUGUGAAAUGGUUUACUCUAUAAUAUAAUCGCAAAAAAAAUAUUUUGUAUAUAAAAGGAUUAAAAUAAAUGUUGGUUUCCGGAUUUCACUACCAUCUGUCUGUUUUU